AACCUACAGGACAGUAGUAGAAGAAGAACUAUAUUCUACAUGUACAGAUGUGCUCUUUGGUACCCGAGGUUCUUCGUGUUCCAUGUUAAAUAAACGCUUUUGAUUUGUAACAUGGACCAGACCGCAGGACAACUGCGCGACUACCGCUCCUGCAGCUGCACCUCUCUAAAGGAGUAAGAAGUUUUUGUUGGAUGAUCAUCUAAUAAAGCCGUGUGUGAAGAUGAUGACCGACAUCAUCGUGCUGUGUUUCACUUUGGCCAUCUCCCUGUCUUUCUGGAUCAUCUCCAUAGCCAUCAGCACUUACUCUGGUACUUUGCAGCCGGUAUCUCCAUGGAGAUGGCUCUUCUCGGUUCUAGUUCCUCUCGUUAUCACGUCUCGCGCUCUGAAGAAAAAGAGUCUGGAUUUUGGUGGAUGUUUGGGAGCGUUGCUGGUGGGCUUCAUUCUCACUUUGGCCAACACGAGCUUCCUGGCAGCUCUGUUUGCGUUCUUCAUCACCUCCACCAAACUGACCCGAUGGAGGGGCGCGGUGAAGAAGCGCAUCGACUCGGAAUAUAAAGAAGGUGGCCAGAGGAACUGGAUUCAGGUUUUCUGUAACGGAGGCGUGCCGACUGAACUGGCACUGCUUUACAUGAUCGAAGUCGGCCCGGGUGAGAUCCCCGUGGACUUCACAAUGCAGUACUCGGCAUCGUGGAUGUGCUUGUCGCUCCUGGGGGCUUUGGCCUGCAGUACCGGGGACACCUGGGCUUCCGAAGUCGGUCCCGUCCUCAGUAAGAGCCAGCCCAGGCUCAUCACCACGUGGAAGGAAGUUCCAGCAGGAACCAAUGGAGGCGUGACAGCGGUCGGUGUCGGAGCCAGCCUGCUCGGCGGCGCCACCGUGGGCAUGGCCUACUUCAUCUCUCAGCUGCUUCUGGUCAGCGACCUGCACCAGGCAGCCCCUCAGUGGCCCCUGGUCGUAUACGGCGCGACGGCCGGCUUUCUCGGCUCGCUGCUUGACUCCCUCCUGGGUGCAGUCAUGCAGUAUUCCGGCUACGAUGAAAGCACCGGCAAGGUCGUGAACGCCGAGGCGCCGAACGUCAGGUGGAUAUGUGGGAAACCCAUUUUGGAUAACAACGGAGUUAACCUUUUCUCCUCCGUCCUCAUAGCGCUGAUCCUGCCAGGGAUCGCAUGGGGCGUCUGGCCCACGCGCUGAGCCCAGAGGAGGCGACCAGUAGAUGGCGCUAGCUGUAAUUCUUUUGAUUUUGUUUUACCGUCAUCGAAACCUGGUGCUGUUACCCUUUUAGUGAUCGUUAUUAAAAAAUAUUUGACA